AUGGCUACAAUCACUACAAAACCAGCCCUAGUGACGUUAAGGCAGCUUCUAUCAGAAUUGAGACAUCAAAGUUCAAAUAAAAAGUUGGCCGAGAACCAAAUGGUGAGAUACAUAUUGGAACAAUAUCGUAAAUAUCAAACAACUGAUCAACAACUAUGUAAGGCGGCCGACGAGAUGCACUUCAAGGCAAAGACGUAUUACAACUAUUUACAUUAUUCAAGAAAAUACAAGGAAAUUAACGCUGAAUUCAAGGGAAAGGGGGAAAGGACCGUUGAAGAUACGGCAAGGAUGGUCGGAUUUAAAUUACCGCAUGACCCCAAAUGA